CACAACACACAGACACACCCACCCACUCACAACACAAAAUAUAAUCUUCUUUUCCCUAUAGCUACCCCACAACACACACACACACACACACACACACUAUAGGAGAGAUAGGGUUAAGCAUGGUGUGCUUGUACAUGUGUUAUAUACUGAAAGAUUGGUCAACUUUUUCCAGUCCGUCAAAUUUGAUUUCUUUCACCUUCCCCAAUUUGAUUUCCUUAUAGAGAAUGAAACACUUAAAAAUGUACAAGUUCUUAGAGUGUUUUCAUUAUAUUUGUUUUCCUUCUUAUUUCCAUGACAAACCAAAUAAGAGAAUUUGAAAUUCCUUUCAUCCUCUCUUUUUCCUACUACCUUUUGAGAUCUGAAGAGCUUCAAGGUUUCAACUGGGUAAAAUAUUAAACUUCUGAUGGCUGCCUUUCAUUUGGGAUUUGGAUGGGCUUGGUUUUAGGGGUUCCCAGAUAUAUGGCAUGUGUGUGUUUUUUAGGGGGAAGUUGAGAAACAUGGUAGUAACAAAAAGCCAGAGAUAUUAUGUGCAUGCGGAUGCGUCCCCUGGCAUGGGUAGUUUGGUUCUUUGAUGUGUAUAUGUGUGAUGCUGAUAUUGCAAAUUACUAUCUGAGUUGUAUUCUUCUUUUUUUUUCCUCCUUGAUUCUUGUGGUACUCCUCGGGCUAACUGUGCAGGUUAUACCAAGUGUAUGAUAGUCUCUGUAGCAUCAAUAUUGUUUUGUUCAAAGCUUGUUAUAACAUGGAGAUGUUUGUGGUAGUCGAAAUGCCCAGAUCCCAAUAAUGGAUACUAAUAGAAAUUUGUAAUGCAGGGUUUGAAAUAUCUUGACACAUUCAUAUUCAUCACCAAUUCACCAAAUUAUUCUUUUGCAUCAUUUGGCCUCUUUCAGUCCCUGUUACUAUGUCCCCCAUUUUUUCUUUUCUUAAAUUACCUGUGGUUGGGAAAAUUUAUGACAGUCCCAGAUACACCACUAUAUCUUUAAAACUCUCAAUCAUCACUCCUGAAAAUGAUGAUACUGUGUUAUAAUAAGUAUUUUAAAAUUAACGAUUUUAUUUAAUAAAAAGAGAAAAAAAAAUCAAUUAUUAAUUUUUUUUGUCAAUCAUCACUCCAUAGUCCUGUAUUAACAUUUACCAUGUUCUCCGUGCAGUAGAGGCAAGAAGAAAAGAAGUCAUAAUUUACAAAUAUGAACUGAAUAUCAAACAUGCUUGAUAAUUCCAGUUUUAUUUUCUUUUUCUUUUUUUUUUUGUUUUUUUUAAAUAAACAUUUUUGGUGAUUUUUCAAUAAUUUAUGACUUUUGGCGGUUUUUAAUAUUUAUAUUUAAAAAAAGUGGUUAAUUCUGAGUGUAAAUUUUUAUUCUAAUAGUUGUUUAACGAAUCUUUUGCUUUCACAAAACAAAUCCCAUUUUGCAUUUUCAAGGGGGACGAAAAAUAAGAAACAGAGAGAGAGAGAGAGAGAGAGAGAGAGAGAGAGAGAGAUAUGAAGGUGAGGAAGAAGGCAAUAGUGGUAACUGUUUUUACGUUGAAGGUGUUGAUAAUGAUGAGUAGUAGCAGCAAUGUUUCAAGCGCUGCACUGUAUCUAUUGGGUGAUUCCUCUGUUGAUUGUGGGGACAACACUCUCUUCUACCCUAUUUUCCACCACAAUCUCUCUUUACAUCCUUGUAAUGGCUCUGAUUCCUCCCUUCUUCCUCAUUUUCUUGCUGAGAAGAUGGGCUUCCCAUAUACUCCUCCAUUCUUGACUCAGAAUGGAACACUGCAAGGACUAUUGAAUGGCCUCAACUUUGGGUCCGCACAAGCAACUAUCAUGAACGUUCCCACCGGCGACCACCCUCUCCAGUCUCUAAACCAGCAGCUCCGCCAAGUCUUCGAGACCUUUCAGCUGUUGGAGCUGCAGCUUAGCCCCGAAAAUGCCCACCACUUCAUCAAAUCCUCAGUCUUCUACCUCUCCUUUGGCAAAGAUGACUACACCAAUCUCUUCCUCCGCAACUCCUCAGGCAUAAGGUUCAAGUACGACGGCCACGCCUUUGCUCAUGUUCUAGUGAACGAGAUGGUCCGCGUUAUGAGGAAUCUCUACGCUGCCAACGUGAGGAAGAUCGUAUGUAUGGGGAUACUGCCUCUGGGGUGUGCCCCACGUAUAUUGUGGGAGCGGCAUAACACUACUGAUAUUGGUGUUGGCGAUGCAACAAGGGAAUGUGUUAGGGAGGUCAAUUUGCGGGUCUUGGAAUACAAUACAAUGCUGGAGGAGCGGGUUGUUGAACUCAAUUCAGAGUUGUCGGAGGCCCAGAUAGUCUUCUGUGAUGUGUACCAAGGAAUUAUGAAGAUCAUAGAAAACCCCACACGCUAUGGGUUCGAAGAAGUGAAGAUGGCAUGCUGUGGACUUGGUCCAUAUGGAGGGAUGGCGGGGUGUGUGGAUCCGGGGCUAGCCUGCCACGAUGCUUCAACUCAUGUGUGGUGGGAUUUAUACAACCCCACACCAGCAGUCAACUCAUUGCUGGCUGAUUCUGCUUGGUUCGGCCAACCAAUGCCUAACAUUUGUCGUCCUGUCACAGUUAAGGAACUCGCUACGGCUCCAAUACUGCCGCGUUUAGUCUGAGUCAUGUUAGUCAUCAUUGCCCUUGUCAUGGAGCUAUUCUCUGAUCGUCACUUGAAUGUAUGUAGUUAAAUACCCCAAAAUUGAUAGACAAAAGAAAGGUUUAGACUUUAUAAUAAAAAUUUAGAAAUAAUUGGUUAAAA